AUGUCAGAAAUAAAAAUUAGCAAAGAAGUCAACGAAAUCAAAGAAAGCAUAAAAAAAUUAAAUUUAGGGCAAGUAAGUGAAUUAAUAGAAGGUUUAAAAGAAGAUUAUAAUAUUCAAGAAACAGCAAUAGUUCAACCAACAGCCACUAUCCAAGAAAGUGAAAAAUCUGAAGAAAAAGGAGGUAAUGUUUCCGUAAAGUUUAUAAAAAUGAAAGAAGGAUUAAGUGCGAUUGCGGGUUAUGGAGCAAUUAAAGAAGCUUUUAAGAAGUUAAAAGAUGAGGAGAUUAACAUUAUUCAAGCAAAAAAACUCACUGAAAAAGAAGAUAAAAUUAUUUUCGAAGAUGUUGCGCGAAAAAAAGCCGAAGAUGUUAAGAAAGAAUUAGCCGAGAAAGGAGUUGAAGUUGAAAUUAAAUAA